AUGCCAUCAGUAUUCCAAGCAGAGAUCAAUUACUGUUUGACCACUUACAACGCCCCACCCCCUCCUCAGAGUGAUUUGGAACCGACAUCGAAGAAGAAACGUUCUUCCGGAUUACAGCUGUUAAGACCCAAAUCGUCCUAUGGCGGAGGGAGAAAUACCGUCUUAUCGCCUGAACCAUCGGUGAAACCCCUACCUUCGUAUCCUAUCCCACCACCUCCACCUCCCCCGGCAGACCUGGACGAUGAAGAUAUAUCGUGGAAAAAGGAUAGGUAUGAUACUCAACGAGCUACUCUCAGACAUACACGAUCCAUACCGCAAUUACCACCUCUCACUCCACCUCGGGAUCCCACUCAGAAACGAAUAACUUCAGCGUCACUGACCAAUCGAUGGAGGAAGGGAGUAAUCGUCAUUCACGUACAUGGAGAGGGAGGUGGUCAAGGUGGUGGAUUGACAAUAUACGAUAAUGACGAAAUCAUCUUUCGACAAAUUAUCAGACCCCUCCCCGAACUAAACUGGGCGAAUGAUGAUGUUCAGAAAAUCCAUCCGUCGGUUUACGAUAGACCCUAUGUCUUAUCACUCCAUCUACCAAGUGGAGAUACUUACAAGAACGAUCUACGAAAAUCAUCCUCAAAAGCUAGACCGUUGAAACCUCAGAUGUCAAACUUGAGUAAGAUCGGUAGAAGAGCUAGGGGAUAUACGAUCACAAAAGUAGAUACGACCACUACGAGUACUUCUUCUUCCUCGGGCGUGACGACGGAACAUUCCAUUGGAUUCGAAGAAGAAGGUGAAGGUGAAGUAGGCAGGUUUACCCCCGACACAACAUUUUCAUCAUACAAUCACGAUUCAUCUUCAGAUCAAAUCCUGUUGAUGGAUUUUAACAAUGGGAAAGAGCAAAACGAAUGGUUCACUUUACUUCGCUCUUUUGGUGGAAGCUAUCUACCAAGAAUCAAACGAAGCUUGCAGAUUCGAGUCCUGGAUCUACAAGAGAGUAUGCCGCUCUCGAAUCUAACGCUAAAUACCCGAUCGACCAAAGAAGAAGGUCUAUCCCAUACGACUCCGUCAUUUGAUCAGAUCAGUGCGAGGUCAAGUGAACCGCCCAACCCCUCUUCGAGCAAGUUAUCGAAUAUGUCUGGGAAACAUGAGUGGAAAUCUGGUUGGGCAGGGAAGGAUAAGCUGAAAGUUGCAAUAUACACUGACAAACACCUGAUUGGACAAACAACUUGGGUCCAAGCUGAAGAUCGAUGCGAAAUACCAUUCUGGGCUGAAUUGUUCACUUUCGAGAAUAUAAAAGAAUUUUCAACUUGCACUCUCAAAAUCAGUCGUAUGCGUUCGGAUAAAAAUGCACAACCUUUCGCAACUGUCAAUCUACCUUUGGUACCAUCAUUCAUGAAAUCCAAAGAUGAGAGAUUCCCUAUAAUCUCCUCAUCGGGUCAUGUCGUUGGUGAAUUGCGUUUGAUAGUGAAUUUUACCAUUGUCAACGUGGUAGGUAUUCAAGUAUAUCCUCUACCUGAGGUAUUCCACGGGAUGGGUGGCACGAGGACGAUAUAUUAUAUGAUGUCGAAAGGUCUACUCGAUCAAUGUGUCGAUCUGUUUACGAGGUUCAACUGGGCUUUAGGAACCACUUUCAACAGGUUGGUUGAGAUGAGUGAGGUAGAAGCUAAAGCGAGCGGAGAUACCCUCUUCCGAGGGAACUCACCUAUGACUCGUCUGCUGGAAGCUACCAUGAGAUUGGUAUGUUUCGAUUUUUUACGAUUGUCGAUGGGUCCGACGGUUCAUGUCAUCCUGGAAAAUGAGAUUGAAGCGACACAUGAGAAUACGAGAAGUCUACUUAAACUUUUAGAUGAUUGUUGGGAAGAUAUGUAUACACAAAGAGGGACUUUCCCAAAUAUUCUUCGACAGGUGUUUGCGAUUUUGUUCAAGAAUGUCAAAGAAAAUCACGAAGAGAGAAAGCUAAGAUACAAAGCUGUAUCUUCAUUCCUCUUUCUUCGACUCAUUGGUCCAGCGUUGAUGCGACCCCACCUGUUUGGUCUCGCAAGGGGACUACCGAAAGUACCCGUACAGAAGACAUUGACCUUGAUAGCUAAGAUAUUCCAUACCAUGGCUUUUUUCACCUGGAGUGAUCCGGCUAGGGAUCCAGAGUUGGCGAAAUAUUCUUUUUUUAUGAAAAAAAACCACGAAACAAUGAUUGAUUACCUCUCAUCCUUCGCCACUCCCCUUGACGAUUUCCAAUGUCGACCUGAUCCACCCUCAUCAAUAGCCAUUUUUCUCACAAAGCGACUACCCUUGCUCCCACCUGACAUAAGUCAGGGUGUACCGAUGUUGACUGUUGCCGGACCGGUCGAGGUCGAUGCGGACGCUGCUGUGUUCUACGAGCUUUUGUAUCAGCGUCGUAAAGCCCGAGUUGGCGGUGCGGAAAUGACGAGAGAGGAUGGGGUUGUUCCUGGCGAAGAGGAGGAGAUGCAUGAUUUGCUGAGAACGAUGGAUCAAUUUAUAAGUAGUGUACAUAGGGCUAGUUAUGAGCAUGUCACGGGGGAUAAUGGGAGCUCAAUUCAUUCUGAUCCUCGAGAUUUACCAAAUACCAGUACCAAGGAAAUCCUUCGACCUAUCACCCCAUCAUCUCGACCAUCUUUACAGAUCGACAUCAACUCAGCUCAACGUGAUCGUAAAUUGGAUUUGACCCGAACAAGAUCGAAUUUAGUAGUGAACGAAAGGAACGAUCAGGCAUCUAAGAGGGUGGUGAUAAGUCCGAAUCUCAAUCCAACAAGUAUAAAUAAAUCUUCAAGCUCAAACUCAAGUUCCGGUGGUCCAGCGGGGAUGAUGAAAUGGUUGAAUUUCGGUUGGAUGUCACCUACGUUCAGACCGCCUGGUAUGGGAUAUGAAACGGAUUCAGCACAUCAUCAUAGGUAUAUACAUGGCGAUUAUGCUGAAGGCGGAAGUGGAUUGGGGCAUAGUAAUCCAUGGAAUGGGAGGUUGGGACAGAAGAAGGAUAAUGAGGUGGGUUAG